AUGGCUACUUCGACUUUUGGACCUCGUCUGGCUGGUAAAGUCUGCAUUGUGACAGGCUCUUCAUCCGGCUUGGGCCGAGCAAUUGCACUGGCUUACUCUCAUGAGGGGGCGCACCUCGUCUGCGCUGAUCUCCAGCCAGCUGCACGUGCGAGUGUGAAUGGAGAGGAGGAAGUCAACACAGAUGAGCUGAUCAGAUCAAAUGGCGGCCAGGCUAUCUUCGUUGAGACGGAUGUCACCAAGACCGCUGCCGUGGAGCAAUUGGUAUCUAGAGCUGUCAUUCAGUUUGGUCGCAUUGACGUGCUGGUCAACAACGCUGGUAUCUCCGUCGAAGCAGGCAAAGAGCCUCGUCGGGUACACGAAACUCCAGAGGACUGGUGGGAUCUGACCCUGGCUGUCAACCUGAAGUCCAUCUUUCUCGUCAGUAAACAUGUUAUUGCUCAAAUGCUGAAGCAAGACAAAUCCGAGACUGGCGACCGAGGCUGGAUCAUCAACAUGUCGUCAAUCUUUGGCCUCGUCGGAGGAUACACCAAUGCUGCGUAUGCUGCGUCGAAAGGUGGUGUGACAAACUUGACGCGUACCAUCGCUCUCGAUUACGCGAGAGAUGGCAUUCACUGCAAUGCCAUCUGCCCAGGCUUUACGGAGACGGCCAUUUUUGCCGACACCAUCAAGACUCGCGACAGAGACCUCAUCCGGUCAAGGCAUCCUCUUCAUGGAACCGGAUCGCCUCAAGAUCUUGUUGGUGCUGCGAUCUUCCUUGCUAGCCAGGAGGCACGAUGGGUUACUGGGGUAAACCUCCCGGUAGAUGGUGGUUAUACAGCACAGUAG